AUGAGACUCUAUGGUAGUCCUACGCCAAGUGAUCUAGAAUUUAUGGUAGAUGAGGGUUUUUCUUUAUCUUCAGGUGGUACCUCUACUACUCUUUCUUCAACUAGGUCGGACGCACAAAGCGCUCCACCUGAGUUAGAGCGGUUAUUUGAGAGAAUCUGCAAUGAAUACGCGGAGUGGGUGGUGAUAGCCGAUAAGCAAUUACCCCCCGAAUGGGACAUGCCUGACCUUGUUCGGGCAGUGAUAGGGGAGGAAGCGCUAGCCACCCCAAGCUAUAUGAGCGAUGCCUAUUAUGAUGUAAUGUUACAUGGACAAAAUAGUUGGUUAUGCCAAUCAAUUUUGAAGUUUCUUGAUCUAAUCAACUAUGUCUUCUAG